AUGAGUUCCAGUGCCUCCCAGCCAUUCCCAACUCGCGCGGAAGAUCUCGAUCUUCCUCCGGAGCCAGGUAUACCUUGGAACCUGGCCUUGCUCGCCCCGCCUCCUCCAGAUUGGUCUUUUCUCAAUAUACGAUAUGACAAUUGCCAUAAUAAUAGAAACAUCAGGGCCAAUAUCUCAAAGAUUCUCGCUGCAUUUCAUUGUUGGGGAAUCUACUGGACGGACCAACCAUCUCCGACCAAGCAAAUGAUUCUGAAAGGCUUGUGGAAACUGUUCUACUACAUGCCAGAAAGAAACCGCCCAAAAGAGAUGAGCGACUUAUGGACAUUCCGCCGAGAUACUGGGCCCCGUCUCAUGGGAUGGGAGCAUCAUGAUCCACUUGUCGGACCAGUCAGUCGAUACUAUCCAGACCCACCUGAUCCUUAUUCUCAAGUCGAGGAUCCUCUAUGGAUUCGCAACCCAGACGCAUCCGAUGAUCUUCCAGAUAGUAUCGUUGAACAGUACAUGAUGCCAGUGGUGUCUCCUAGAUCAGCACCCCAAAAAACCAUAACAUCUGAAAGUACACCGCCCAGAAAAACGCCUGAUUCUGGCAAGGGAAAGAAGAAAGAUAAAGGCCAACGAGAAAAAAGACAAAAAGACAAAAGACGACUAGCCCCGACAAUUGUGGUGUCCGAUGAUGAUGAUGAUGAUGAUGAUGAUGAUGAUGAUGAAGGGGUUAAUAUGGAGGUUGAUACCCCACCGGGAAAAAGGCCAGCAAGGCCGAUACGCCAAGAGCCUAAGAGCAAGACCAACCGAGCAGCAGACAACAAAAGACGUCGCUCGGUGGCAAGUGGUGGGGAAGCAUCAGCAACCAACAGAAAGCUCAAGGAGGCUAUUGAGCGAACUAUCUUGGAGCAUACCUACCAUGACCUCCAGCGAGACCCCAAUGCACCAACUCGGAUAGCAGAGUCAUCUGCCAUUGCCUCCCACAUGACCGACCUGGAUACCGUUCAGAUUGGGACUUUCCCUGCACAUGCUUAUCUCAGACUCAACCCGCGCUCUCUCGCUUUCGAUCAGACCUCCACUAGUCUCUAUAGUUAUCGAGGUAGAGGGCCAGUAUGGUCCGGAAACAGCUGCGCGGUUGAUACCGUCAUCGUACUCGGAAUGUUGCUUGACAUCGGAUGCACCAAUAUAGACCGUUCUAGCUGGAGAUAUGGAGAGAUCACUGAGCUUGAGAAGGCUUUCAUCGAGAUCACAAAUGUCAACUGGGCGGCUCUUGAUAUGGAUACCAAUAUCAAGAUGCGUGAUCUGUUCUCAAGAAAGCUUUGUGCAACCGUUCCCUCCUUCAAGAUGGGGAAGCCUGCCCCCGCUUGGGCCAUUUGGUCUGAGUGUACGAGGAACAUUGCGCAAUUCUACUACAAAUUUUCGACCUAUGCCAAAUCAUGCCCGUGUAACAACCAGGAGUACAUCGAGAAAGAAAAUCACGCCAACUGUGUGUUACCAGUUAUUGAUGGGAGCAACCGCAAUGGUGUAUGGAUGGCAGAUUUGCUUGAGAACACCCUUUUCAAGAAGACUGAGUCCCAAUGUAUAUUCUGUGACAAAGGAGUUGACAUCUCAGAGACAAGGAUUGAUGAGCUCCCUCUUCGAAUGGUUGUGUCAAAUUAUAAAGGAACUCGAGUCCGGAUCAACAAUCACACUGAAAAUGUCAGUUUCCGCUACUACGAUUCACAGGGAAAACAAAUGGUAGCAACAUAUCGCUGGCUCGGUGGUAUAUAUCACAAGGACGGCCAUGUGCGUGUCUAUUGGGCUGAUCAAGAGCGAGGCGACAACAGCGGCGAAUCAAUCCGCAUGUACGAUGACGAGGUCAACGGAGGAGUCAUCAUUGGUGGCAUCACACCACAGCACCCCACUGAUCGAGUUCCUCUUGACUGGACCGAUUGUGGAUUCAUGAUUGGAAUCUAUGAACGUGUCAUCAACCCGUCCCAAAAUAUGCUGACUGAAGUCAUGGGUACGGUCUCCUAUUUCGAAGAUCUGGUCAGUCAGGAUCGACCGGUCCUGAACGACCACAUUCCAUGGGAGAAUGUACGCCCGCCAGUGCCCGAAGAUCCAUCUCGCGCAAAUGUCAGUCAACCUCCAGAAGAACGUGUUAUACCCGUGGCUACCAACAUCUUCCGGAGCCUGAAUAUUCACCAACUUCCUAUUCCACUGCAACCCACACCCCAAGUGAGAGCGAGAUCACUGCCGCCAUCUUCACCGAACCAAAUUUUCGAUGAAUUUGAUAUAGACAGUUUCCUUGAAACUUGGCCUCUAGGGAAUCCACAAACUGAGAAUCCUGCAAACAUGCAAGCCCAACAAGAAUUGUUCGACUCAAUGCUUAACUCACCCUCCAGAUUCGCCGAAUACCCCGACAUGUGGCCAGAUGGCCCUCCAGGAGAUAACGGCGCCUUCAAUUUCCCGGCUCUACCUCGGGCCGAAGAGGCAGACAGCUUGCCUUUCAGCUUACCCCAAAGUCCUAUGAUGGACUUUAUACACUGGGGAGGAUCCGAUGCUGGCGCCAAUGACGAUGCAAUGGAUUGGCUUCCACAUGUUGGUGCAGCUCGACGCACUGGAAAUGGGAAACCCUCCAAUCUUCUUUUGAGAAAUGGAGACCCUUCUAAAAAGAAGCCGAAGAAAGCAGACCCUGCCGUCAGUGUGGAGAUCUCAGGUGUGAGCCGACGCAACCCGCGUGCUACCAAGGCAACUCCGAAGAAGGCAGAGAAGAGGAUGGCGGCCGAAGAUAAAAUCGAAAAUAAGCUGCGCAAGAAGAAGUCUUCUCCCAAGGACGCUGUAAAGAAGGUUCCCAAGAAAACAUCCAGGAAGACUGCAGUGAGCGGUAAAGCAAAGGAGACCCACACUCGAACUCUGCGUCCAAGAAAAGGGGCCGCUGUGCCAGUCGAGUCUGAGCAAGAUGAAGAUAGCGAAGAGGACACGGGAAACGAGGAAGAGGUGUAUACUGAGAAGAAAACUAGGGUAGCGAGGUCGUCCCAUGGAGGCCCUCGUGAGCCGAAACUUUUUGUGAUUCCCAGGUCAAUUUCAGGAGAGGGUGAGAUACGGAGAACAGCGAUUCGAAACGCGAUGCUACAGUCGCCUUCUAAGAGAGCUCGGUUUGCGGAGAAUUUGGAACAGGGGCCGUCGAAGAGAAGGAAGCUGUAG